AUGGAGGAAGAACCGUCCGAAAACUCGUUGAGCCUACCUAUUUCGAGGAUCAAGAAACUAGUCAAGCUUGACCCUGAGCAUGUGUCAUCAACGGAAUCGGCCAACCAUCUACUCGGAGCUGCCACAGAGCUUUUCAUCAUGAACCUUGCAGAACAGGCCUCAUUCCAUGCCAAAUCACAGAAACGCAAGAAAAUCGCAUACUCCGACUUUUACGAGGUGGUCCACAACAACGACAGCCUACUUUUCAUGAAGGACCUGGUGCCGAAGACUGUUCCUCUACAGCAGCUUGUGAAGGAAAAUAAAGUAGUGCUGGAGCCAAAGUCGAACGAAGACGACACCAUAGACGACGACUCCGGAGUCUCGACACCGCAGCCAGCCCAACCAAAGCAGCAGACGCUACCUUUCGUGCUCAAGAAAGACGAGGACAAACCAGAAGAUGUCCUUAUGAUCAAUUAA